GGGAGGAGGUGAAAGGCUAGUUGAAGUCAGGCUCUCGAAUCCGCGUUGCACCUUCUAGCCUGAACAUUGAUGAACAAAUAUUCCUUUCUCGAGGGAGACUAAGUUCUCUUUCUCCUGUUUUCCUGUGUUCCAUAGUAUGGCAACAACAUUAUGCCGCGCCAAGGACCAGUCACGCCGUACGCUCAACGCCGGGUGCUUUCAGGAUUCUCUACCUUCUCAGGACCCCAAAAUUCCCACAUCAGAACCAAAAAUCUCAAGAUAUUCCAAAACUCCACCAGACUCCAUUCUGCAACCAAAAACGAUGCCACAGCAAGCAAAAGAAGGGGUCUCGCCGGGAAUCGAACCCGGGACCACUCGCAAUUGGCUUAGAGUUUUCAAGAAGAGCAGAAGCUAAUCUCCCUAAGCGAGUAUCAUACCGCUAGACCACGAGACCUGAUCAACUGGUGCUGUUGAUGUGAUGUGCUUCGUUGUGUUGGACUAUAU